AUGGCUCUCUCUCUUACUCCCACGCACCCCGCGGUGCCUUCGCCUUCCGCACCUUCAGCACCAGGCUACUUUGACCUUUCUGCUCUGCUCAAGGCAAAGAUGUCUCGCCCCGAAUCUCCAAACAGCAACAGCGACAAGACCGCCCGCUCGUCCUUCUCCUCCGUCCGGGAGAACGACGAUGGCCUAGCUCAGACUUUCACACGUUCCAAGAUUUCCUCCUACACUCAAGGGACGGAAGAGGUAUUCGAUGAAUCACCCUCACCCUCGGCUGAGCUUGCAUCGCCUACUUUUCAGGCUCCUCUGACGCAGCCUCACAGUCGGCUUCAUGGGUUCUGGUUUCCCGCAGAUAACUUUCGCGGAUGGAAGCAGAUCCCCAUCAAGGGCAAAUCCGCCAGCCGCAGCUGCGAGGACCUUCACAAGUUGUCCAUGACAUGGAGCUCUCCAGCACCUCCCGCUGUCACAAAGAAGCCAUCUCUCAGCGGCUACGAGUUCGGAACCUCUCCUCUCGAGCGACUCCCCAGCGAAGUUUUAGGUUCCAUUAUUGACCUUCUCGUCAUCGAGAUCCCUCCAAAUGGCCUAACACCGCGAAACGCCGACCUUAUGGCUCUUUUGCUGACUUCGCGAUCUAUUCAUGCUGCGACGCUCAAUACCCUCUACCGUCACAUUACAAUCCCUCACUCACGAAUCUUCCGAAAGUUCCUCGCAACCAUUACUGAGUACCCUGCUCUCGCCUCGAUCGUGCGACGGCUGGACUUUAGCCACUUCAACCCCUCCACCAUUUUCUCGACUGCGAGCGAGCGAGCUCAGACUCGAAACUUGACCUCCGAGACCCUUUCCAAAUGUCUCGAGCUAACCCCAUACCUGCAGGAGUUUUUGGCCCAGGAGUACAUCGAUGAGGAUCUCGGACCCGAGGUGAUCAAGAAGCUCUUUUUCGAUAUGCCCCGGCUCCAGGCCGUCGACUUCGCCGGAUGCUCCUCUCCUUUCUUUAAGAACUCUUUCAACAGCCUUCUUGAGGCGCAAUGGCCCGACUCUCUGACACUUACUCGCGUUUCGUUUCACAAGUGCCUGAACCUGCCAGGCUCUGUUUUUGAGGCUAUCCUGCCUCGUCUCGAGAGAGCCACUCACCUCGAUCUCGCUGGAACCAGAGUGACUGACAAGGCUCUACAGAGCUUGCCUGAGACGGCAAGACUCACUCACCUGAACUUGGCCAAGUGCCGUGAGCUCACUUCUGAGGUAGUUGUCAAAUUCAUCACCACUCAUCCUGCUAUCACUCAGACCAUCACUGUUCUGAGCCUUGCUACUAAUGCCAGCAGCCACCUCCUGCUUGGCAAGGCUGACGUUGAUGCUAUUCUUCCUCGUCUGCCUCACACUAUCCGAUCGCUGAGUCUCAAGGGAAGCAGAAUGGAUCCUUCCCAGCUUCCUCUGCUCACCCCUCUGGUCCAGCAUCUCGAGGAGCUUGCUAUCGGCCGAGGUCUCGAUCUCCGCGAUAUUCACCAGCUCCUGUAUCAGGCUCAGGAGUGGAUUCCUCACAGCCUCCGAUACAUUGAUAUCUCCGACUUGGACACCAUCAUUGGCAGCGCUAGCGCUCUUCUCACCCCCGCUUCUGCACCUCUGCAGGUUAUCGAGCUCGAGGAGCGUGCGUACGAACGAGCAGCCAAGGCGAAGAAGAACCUUGAGCGUGCUGGGUGGACUCCCAAGGAGUUUGGCAGCCGAUACUGGCUAGUCCGCAUGGAAACCGACCUCGAUAGCGGCGCCCGGUGGUGGAAGCUGGGCGCUGAGAGCUGGGGCAUGAGGAAGAUCCCAGUCGCAAAGGCCGACGUCGGAGGCAUGUACGGCACUUUCAUGUUCGGCCGAAGGCUGUAA